UGAAGUCUAAUGAAUCUAUUUACGAGCAAACCGCAUCUACAAUUCGAUGAAUGAGAUGGAAAGCGAUGAUGAUAUACCCACUCUCAUAGAUUCCGGUGAAGUACCAGCUACGUCGUCCUCUGAAACACCGCAGGAACCGCGGCGUAUUCCUUGCACCAUCAUCAGUGGAUUUCUCGGCGCCGGCAAGUCCACCUUGCUCAAACGGAUUUUAACAGAGAAGCACGGGUACCGCAUAGCGGUCAUCAUAAAUGAAUUUGGUGACUCUGCUAGCAUCGAAGCGAAGGCCAUCAAUGUAACCUCGCCGGAUGACCCGGCAGUUCAGUCAGAGGAGGUACUCGAGCUCGCCAACGGAUGUCUUUGCUGCAGCAUCAAGGAUGCCGGUAUCGCUGCGAUCGAAAAGUUAAUGCAACGCAAAGGAGCGUUCGACUACAUCGUACUUGAAACUACGGGAUUAGCUGAUCCGGGUCCGAUUGCGUCUAUAUUCUGGCAAAACGAGGAGUAUUCCGCUGGCCUGAGUAAAGAAAUCAUCCUGGACGGCGUAGUGUGCGUCGUGGACGCGGUUUUUGGUCGAACGCAAAUGGAGGAAGAUCACUCGAUUGACGGCAUUGGAGAGAGCUUGCGGCAGAUUGCAUGCUCCGACGUCAUUCUUCUCAAUAAGGUCGAUCUCGUUCAUUCAGAGAAUGACUUGUUCGAGACGGAGGAUAUGAUACACAGGGUCAAUCCAUCAGCACCCGUAUAUCGGACGACCCAUGCCAACAUUAAUAUCUCUCGCAUUAUCAAUAUCAACGCGUACCGCGUGGUAGAUCACAUACGGACGGCUGCUCUCAGCGAUGGAAUCGCCAAGGCCAAUGCUAAUCUCGGGCACGGGGUGGUGCCUCAGCCGAGACACUAUGAAUUGCGGGGAAUAUCUAGCCUUCAAAUGACCAUCCCACCACUUUCCUUUGAAAAGCUUGCGAGACUUGAAAAAUGGAUACAACGAGUGCUCUGGGACAAGGAAUUACCCAAAGAGGACUCAAGCCCUAACGAUCACCCGGUUCAAAUUUUACGGUGCAAGGGCCUCUUGGUGAUGGAAACCGGAAAGGAGUAUAUAUUGCAGGGCGUACAAACGAUGUAUGAAAUAUCGGAGGUCAGUGAGCAGGAUGUGCAUGGGUUACCGUCUGCGGGAAAGCUGGUUUUGAUAGGGAAGGGGUUGGACGAAGCCGCGAGGUCGAGUCUCAUGAGCGUGCUAAUGUAGCCGAGGUGCAUUACGUCAGCUUAAAGAUUUGAUUGAUGCUUUCGAGUCAUAAAGUGUUUCAUGGUGCU